AUGUCAAGUGGUUCAAUUUCGCGAUCAUACUCCAAGAAAACCAACAGUUUUCCUCAUGGUUUAGACAAUUCAUAUAUUCUUCAGAAAAUGUCACAAUCAACUAAGACGAUGGGCCAAAAAGGUGUUUUGUCGGAACUGCUGAAAUCCAGAGAGAGACUGGACCGCGCGUUGACUUUAACAAGGACACCCCGUGAAGUUCGAGCUAACUACGGCAACGGUAUAACAACAUCAAACUUUAUACCUAGAGGACAGUAUCAACCAUAUGAGAAUAACCACGGAUCUGUAGUAAGCUCCGUGGUUUCAGAGAUAGUUCCUAAAAGAAGUAAUCAUAAUCUAGGUUCGAUUCGUGGAACAUAUAAAAAUAGUUAUGAUGAUGUUGAUGGGGAUUUUAAUAUUGAGAGAGGACCACGUAAUGGCUACGAGCUUGGUCCAGGUCAUGGCACUCUUGUGAAAACUUGGGAUCAAUAUCUAGAUGAGGAUUACUAUCUUAAAGUGAUACCUUUAAAGAAACAAUAA